UUUAUUCUAUGGUGUGCGGCGGUGCGGUGCGGUGGCGGUGUGAUGUGGUGUGUGAUGUUAAAAAUUUAUCGAAUUUUUUUACUUAAUUUAACUUUAAGUUUUCAGUGAAUGAAUAUUUUUGAACUGUGGGUUAUCGUUAAUAAUUCUGAAUUACAUUCAAAGACAGUACACGAAUCGGAAAAGUGUCAGUUUCAUCGAAAAUUUAUGGCAGUUACAAUAAACUUAUAAUCACAAAUUGUGACAAUGUCUUACAAUUCCUCGCUUGAUUCCUUCUGCGGAUCAGUAUUUUGGAAUAGCAGUCUCACAUGGUACACAGACAACCCAGAGCUUACGCCAUGUUUUCAAAAGACAGUGCUGGUAUGGACACCGUGUUUGUACUUAUGGGUCGCGGCGAUCCUUGACACCUACUACAUAUUGAACAGCAAAGAAAGAAAUAUACCAUGGAACAUGUUAAACAUCAGCAAGCUGUUCAUAACUUGCCUUUUGAUAGUGUUAAAGUUUGUGGAUCUGGGCGUCACAGUGCACACUUCGUCGCAGGGUGAAAUAGAAGUGUUUAAUGCAGAUUACUAUAGUCCUAUUGUAAAGAUUUUGACAUUUGCUUUAUCAGCAACUUUAUUGUACUACAAUAGAAAGUUUGGUAUGAGAGCGUCGGGAGUACUAUUCUUCUUUUGGUUACUUCUGAUAUUCGCUGGCCUGCCCCAGCUGAGAACUCAGAUAACGGAACAUUACUAUCUCACCGACGAUGAAAAUGUUCAAUAUAAUUUCGUCAGCUACAUGGUGUAUUACCCACUGGUUGUACUCAUGUUCAUAUUGAAUUGUUUCGCCGACUUGCCACCGAGAGAUUCACCUUACAAAUACGACAAGAACCUGUGUCCGGAGAAUGCGUCGGGCUUUCCAAGUCGCCUUACAUUCAGCUGGUUUGACCCGCUUGCCAUAACUGGAUUCCGCAGAAGUUUAACAGAGGAAGAUCUAUGGGCCCUCAACCCUCAAGACAGUUCCAAAGAAGUCGUACCAAAGUUCGACAAAUUUUGGGAGAAGUCUUUAAAGAAACGCGAAAUAGCAAACGGUACGAAAGCCACGUACCGCAAGACUUCGGCUAGCGUGAAUUUCAAGCCUGAAACUGAGAAAAAGCCGGCCUCCAUCCUGCCCUCGCUAUGCCUAGCCUUCGGAGGACAGUUCCUGUUCGGAGCACUCCUUAAGCUCUUCAAUGACUGCCUUAUGUUCCUGUCACCACAAUUACUCAAGCUCCUAAUAGGUUUCGUGCAAGGCGAUGAGCCGAUAUGGAAGGGUUACCUUUAUGCAGUUGCGCUGCUUGCGUGCGCUACCGUGCAAACUAUGUUACUGGCACAUUACUUCACGCGAAUGUAUCUCGUCGGUAUGAGGAUAAGAACUGCUCUGACGAGCUCCAUCUACAGAAAAUCACUUCGGAUGUCGAACGCCUCGAGGAAAGAGUCCACCGUCGGAGAAAUUGUCAACCUUAUGUCGGUGGACGCUCAAAGAUUCAUUGAGCUGACUGCAUACUUAAACAUGAUAUGGUCGGCGCCACUCCAAAUCGCGCUCGCCUUGUAUUUCCUAUGGGGUAUCUUGGGCCCGUCUGUUCUCGCAGGUUUAGCUGUGAUGAUCAUUUUGAUUCCUGUCAACGGACUUAUCGCCAACAGGGUGAAAACUCUUCAAAUUAGGCUAAUGAAAUACAAAGACGAAAGAGUUAAACUAAUGAACGAAGUUCUCAAUGGAAUUAAGGUCCUUAAAAUGUACGCCUGGGAACCAAGUUUUGAAGCACAAAUCUUACAAAUUAGAAACAAGGAAAUGCACGUUUUGAAACAAGCUGCUUAUCUUAACUCUGCUACCUCAUUUAUAUGGUCUUGUGCACCAUUCUUGGUGUCGCUGAUGUCGUUCGGCUGCUUUGUAUUGGUUAACGACACCGAAGUGCUGGACUCUAAGAGAGCUUUCGUAGCGUUGUCUCUUUUCAACAUACUACGUUUCCCUCUGUCAAUGCUGCCUAACGUUAUAUCGAAUGUCGUACAAACAGCCGUUGGAAUAAAAAGAUUAAACAAAUUUUUAAACUGCGAGGAAUUGGAUAUUAGUUCCGUUGAACACGACCCGAAAGAUCCGAACCCGAUUGUGAUAGAGAGUGGUCACUUCUCGUGGGGUGAACAAGACACUGAGCCCGUCCUGAAGAACAUAAACCUGCAUGUACCGCGCGGGUCUCUAGUCGCCGUCGUCGGCGCUGUUGGCUCCGGCAAGAGCUCCCUGCUGUCCGCACUACUGGGAGAGAUGAACAAAAUGUCAGGACGCGUUAAUACAACUGGAAGCAUAGCGUAUGUGCCACAACAGGCUUGGAUUCAGAACGCAACACUCCAAGACAACAUUUUAUUCGGUCACCCACUCGACAAACAGAAGUAUAAUAAUGUGAUAAACGUGUGUGCUCUCAAACCUGACUUCGACGUACUACCUGGUGGAGAUCAAACUGAAAUUGGCGAGAAAGGUAUAAACCUGUCUGGCGGUCAGAAGCAGCGUGUGUCGUUAGCGCGCGCAGUGUACUUCGACGCCGACAACUAUUUCCUAGACGACCCGCUCAGCGCCGUGGACUCCCACGUAGGCAAGCACAUCUUCGACAAGGUGAUCGGGCCCGCGGGGCUGCUGAAGGGCAAGACGCGCGUGUGGGUGACACACAACGUGUCGUACCUGGCGCAGACGGACCUGGUCGUCGUGCUUCGCGACGGCGAGGUCUCCGAGGCCGGCUCCUACCAGCAGCUGCUCGAGAAGAAGGGCGCCUUCGCAGAGUUCCUACUGCAUCAUUUGAGUGAUGCCGAGCGAGUUUCUCCUGAAGAACUAAAAGAAAUUAAACAAGACCUUGAAAGUAAACUUGGUAGUGAAUUCCAAAACAAGUUACAAAGAGCUCGGUCACUCUCCGAAAGUGCUUCGGAAUCCGAUCAGACUGCCGCAGCGGGUGACCGUGCCGGUAGCGUAAAACGGAAGACCCCAGACAGCGUAACACCAAACGACUUAAAGAAACAAAAUAAGCUUAUAGAAACUGAGAAAACUGAAACUGGAAGUGUAAAAUGGGGUGUAUACAAACACUAUCUCAUGAGCGUUGGAAUCCUAUCGUCUGUGGUGACUGUGGUAAUGAAUCUUAUUCUGCAAGUGUUCCAAGUCGGCUCCAACUACUGGCUCACUGAAUGGGCGAAUGACGACCAAAUGAUAGUCAAUGGAACCGUAGACAAACAGCGACGUGACAUGUACCUGGGUGUGUACGGCGGGCUCGGCAUAGGACAAGUGGUGUCGGUGUCGGUGUCGUCGCUGGCGCUGUACCUGGGCACGCUGGCGGCGGCGCGCGCGCUGCACGCGGCGCUGCUGGCGGGCGUGCUGCACGCGCCCUCCAUGGGCUUCUUCGACUGCACGCCCGUGGGCCGCGUGCUCAACCGCUUCAGCAAGGACGUGGACGUGCUCGACAACGUGCUGCCCAUGGUGCUCAGGGGCUGGACCUCCUGCUUCUUUGCGGUAUUGGGAACUCUGUUCGUGAUAAGUCUAUCUACCCCGAUCUUCAUGGCGGUGAUUCUCCCUAUCGGUGUGAUAUACUACGUCAUACAGAGAUUCUACGUCGCCACGUCGCGGCAAUUGAAACGUCUGGAGUCGGUGUCGCGAUCGCCUAUAUACUCGCACUUCGGUGAAAGUAUUACUGGCGCUAGUACCAUUCGAGCUUAUGGCGUUGCUGACAGGUUCAUUACAGAAUCUGAGCGAGGUGUUGAUCACAACCAAUCGUGUUAUUAUCCCAGCUGCAUUGCAAACAGAUGGCUGGCUGUCAGGCUUGAAAUGAUCGGCAAUCUUAUCAUAUUCUUCUCGGCAAUGUUCGCUGUGCUCAACAGAGACACUGUCAGUGCAGGCCUUGUGGGUCUCUCUGUCAGUUACGCUUUACAGAUAACGCAAACUUUGAAUUGGUUGGUCCGCAUGACAUCCGACGUUGAAACCAAUAUCGUGGCCGUGGAGAGAAUAAAAGAGUACGCAGAAACAGAGCAGGAGGCGGCUUGGAACACGGCCGUGGGACCCAGCGCGACGUGGCCGGAGACGGGCGCGCUGCAGCUGGAGCGGCUGUCGCUGGCGUACCGCGCCGGCGCCGAGCCCGCGCUGCGUGACGUCACGUGCGCCGUGGCGCCGCGCGACAAGCUGGGCAUCGUGGGCCGCACGGGCGCCGGCAAGUCCACGCUCACGCUCGGCCUCUUCCGCAUCGUCGAGGCCGUGGGCGGCCGCAUCCUCAUCGACGGCCUGGACAUCGCCAGCAUCGGCCUGCACCAGCUGCGCGCGCGCAUCACCAUCAUCCCGCAGGACCCCGUGCUGUUCUCCGGCACGCUGCGCAUGAACCUGGACCCCUUCGAGACCUACACCGACGACCAGAUCUGGCGCGCGCUCGAGCUGGCGCAUCUCAAGCCCUUCGUGCUGGGACUGGCCGCCGGGCUGCGCCACGAGGUGGCCGAGGGCGGCGAGAACCUGUCGGUGGGCCAGCGCCAGCUCGUGUGUCUGGCGCGCGCGCUGCUGCGCAAGACGCCGCUGCUCGUGCUCGACGAGGCCACUGCCGCCGUCGACCUCGAGACCGAUGAACUCAUACAGAAAACAAUCCGGACUGAGUUCGCCAACUGCACAGUACUUACAAUUGCUCACCGGCUGAACACCAUCAUGGACUCUACCAAGGUCAUGGUGCUUGACAAGGGCCAACUCGUGGAAUAUGCCCCGCCAGAACAACUGUUACAGGAUAAGAAUUCUAUAUUCUACAGCAUGGCUAAAGAUGCUGGGCUAGUUAAUUAAUUAAUCUACUCAAAAUAAAUUACCAACUUUUCCAUUCCUCUUUGUGAAAUGCCACUCAUUCAGUGGUAAUCUGUUACAAGUAAACAAGUUCAAUUAUCUUCUUCCAAAUCAAUGUUAUAGGACACAAAAUUAGAGAUUGACAGCAGUACAUAUAAAAACUAUUACCUCAUUCCAGAUGUCAAUUUGUCUGUUACAGUUGUUAUAGCAACGCAAUAGUUGAGAGUAUAAGAAAUUUAGUUUCUUGUGUAAUAAUGUAUUUCCAAUCUUACGUUCUCAACUCGAAAUAGCUGCUCUAUGCUGCCUUUAGUAUAUAUAGUAAAGAGUAAGGACUAAUGCAUUUGACAUCUACAAUUUUGUUUUAGUGUUUAGUGUAUUACAAUUGAAGCAUUUACAUUUACAACUCAUCACAGUAACAAAUAAAUGGAUAAUAGUGUUUUUGAUAUCGAAAUAGUACUUAAGUAUUUUGACAGGGUGAGAUUUUAAUGAGUUUCAGUUAUGUAGUGGUAGUGGUAAAUAAUUUAAGUAAGCUCAAAUCAUGCUACAUCAGUCGUGGAUGAUUUUAAUUUGGUAAGUAAUUGUGGGCUACAAUUAUUUUUCUAAGAAUUUUAUGAUUAAGUCAAAUUCUUAGGCAAAACAGAAUUGCUUGCAAAUUAAAAUCUUUGCGAAACAUUACAAAAUGUGUUCAAUUAAAUCAGUUACGUAUGUACUUAAAAUUUAAUUCGUUAUUAGACUUACGUAAACUCUAACAUAUUACCUACCUCCCCGAAACGAAAAGUCACAGUAUGAAGUUACAGAGAUUACUUAGAUUGCGGCGGUUUGAUUGCAUGCUAACUAAAAUAGGUUAACUUGAUAGUACUUAGAAACUUUUAUAUCUCAGCCACUACGACUAUAUUAGGAUUGUGAAAUUAUUGUUGAAAUAAUAUUAUUAUUAAUUAUAACAAAUUACUUUUGUUUGGUUGAUUAUGUAAUUACUUAAAAUCUGAGAUAUCGAUGUAUUAUAAUUAAGGUGUAAUGUUUUCGUUAUUGUUGUGUUACAGGUUGGAUAUAAUUUAAACAUGAAUUUAAUACAUUUAUGGCAAAUAAGUUACCACGCACCUUUUGCUUUUCAAUUUGCGAAUUGGAUAUUCGGUAACCUUCCGCAGUAAAUAAUUGUGUUACAGAGCGACUGACAACGAUUGUAAAACUAUCCUAGAAACAUACUCCUUCUAUCGGUCAUAGGUCAUAGGUUGUCUGAUCCAAAUAUUUGGUUUGAAGGCGAAGUUGUUACGGUCUUUGCUCGAGUGCUAACCAUAAAUUGUAAUAUACUUAUUAUACUUAAUAAAAGUUACUUAAUGUUAUCUUUGUAAAGGAUCAUGUAUAUAAACUACAAAUAUAUAUUAAUGAAUAUGUUCUGUUUUAUAACUUUACGUCACAAUAUUGUACAUUAAUGCGGUAAACAUACGUUUUGGAACGCGUAAUGAUAUCACAGUUUUUGAUUAUUUGUGCUUUGUAGCUUUUAAGUAUUCUAUAAACUACAAUUAUUGUAGUUUUAAAAUUGCCUUAUGCUUAAUGAAGACUUCAUCGUACUUAUAAUAAGUACCAUUAACUAUUAUUUUUAAUGGGAUGGCUUUUACUUUUAGAUCAACAUUUAAAGGGUAGCAAACUAAAUAUUACAGUUAACUAAGUGCGAACAAUCGGUACUUAAAAAGAAAGGUUUAAAACCAGAAUAUUAUUAUUUUCUUUUUAAUAUCCCAACAUAAAUAGCAGGUUCCAUAAUUACUUUUUAUGUAACACCUGAAGUUUUUAUACAAUAGACAUAAAUAUUAGACUUCUCUUAACCGUAUUUUCAACAAUGCAUAAAUAGAUUUAAAAAGUAAAAUUAACAAUCUUAUUCAGCAGUUCUUGCCGCUUAGAAAUACCGAAUCACAACCUCUUUAUGCCGACAUUAUUAUUUGUUAAUUUAAGCCGGUGUUUUACAAGUGUGCUUUUAUGUGCUGAAGGAAUAGAGGAACAUUUAGAAAACACUAAGUAAACCUGUUACUGCAAUUACUUGAAUCCCUUAUUUAAAUUGCGCAAUAAUAUUAAAAUUUCUCUUGUUAUUAAUAAAGGAAAUAAAUUUUCGUUUGUACCUCUAUGUAUAAAACAUGUUCAUAAUGUUAAAGUGUACAAUAUGUAAAAAGUUGCCCACAUACAACAAGGCAGGUUAGAAUGUAAGUAGAUUAGUCUUCACUUUUGUGCCUAUUGAGUAAUUUAAGGUUAACCUUGUUUCAAUAUGCAUUAAAAUUAAAAAUGUUUUACCAUAUGAUAGAAUA